AUGAGUGCUCUGUCGUCCGAGAAUAUCAAUGGGGUCUACAUCCCCUCCGCCCUCCUGGUUUUCGGCACCUUCAUUGUGAAGCAAGAAUAUGUUCCCUUCGCCGUGGCUCUGGCUGCCGUGUUGGCCGGAUGGAAGCUGUUCAGUGGCAAUCAACCCCGGAAGGUCCUGAACCCCACCGAGUUCCAAGACUUCGUGUUGAAGGAAAAGAACCUCAUCUCCCACAAUGUCGCCAUCUACCGUUUUGCCCUCCCUCGCCCCACGGAUAUCCUUGGCCUGCCCAUCGGCCAGCACAUCUCGCUGGCCGCCACCAUCGACGGCCAGCCUAAGGAGGUCGUGCGCUCCUACACCCCCAUCUCCUCCGACAACGAGGCCGGCUACUUCGACCUCUUGGUCAAGGCCUACCCUCAAGGCAAUAUCUCCAAGUAUCUGACCACCCUCGAGGUUGGCCAGACCAUGAAGGUUCGCGGUCCCAAGGGCGCCAUGGUGUACGCCCCCAACAUGUGCCGCCACAUCGGUAUGAUUGCCGGCGGUACCGGUAUCACGCCCAUGCUUCAGAUCAUUAAGGCCAUCAUCCGCAACCGACCCCGCAAUGGCGGCAACGACACCACCCAGGUCGACUUGAUCUUCGCCAACGUUAACCCCGACGAUAUUUUGCUCAAGGAGGAACUCGAGCAGCUCGUCAAGGAGGACGACGGCUUCCGUGUUUACUACGUGCUGAACAACCCCUCCGAGGCCUGGACCGGCGGCGUUGGUUUCGUCACCCCUGAUAUGAUCAAGGUUCGUUCUUGGAAAAUCACAGUGACUUUGCGACUUCGCUGGCUAACGUUGAAUUUCCCCCAAACACAGGAGCGCCUCCCUGCCCCCGCCAGCGACAUCAAGAUCCUCCUCUGUGGUCCUCCCCCGAUGGUCAGUGCGAUGAAGAAGGCCACCGAGUCCCUGGGAUACACCAAGGCUCGGCCUGUUAGCAAGCUCGAAGACCAGGUCUUCUGCUUCUAG